AUGCAGACAGAGUUCUGGCGGGACCGCCAGAAUGGGGAGGAGGGAGGAAAACCCCUGGACCCGUUGGACAUGGCCGUGGCUGCUAGAGGAAUAUCCCACAAGCCGCCAUGGAUGUAUGUCCCUGACCCUGACGCUGAGCAGGGCUCAUGGCCCACGGCCCGACGGCCAAUAUUCACCAUACCAUUGCAGGUGGCGAUCAUUUAUGGAGCGCAGUUUUCCCAACAGUCUGCAAACCAGGUGCUGCAGGGCCACUCGGCGGGUGGUGAUGGUGAUGACGAUGAUGAGACGAUGAUGAGAUGGUGUUGA